CCAGAUGACAGUGCGUCGGCAGCCAGCAGCAUGGAGGUCAUGGACCGCAUUGCCUCCCUGGAGCAGCGUGUCCAGAUGCAGGAGGACGAGAUCCAGCUGCUCAAGUCAGCGCUGGCCGACGUGGUGCGCCGCCUCAACAUCUCGGAGGAGCAAAACGCCAUGAUUAACAGGAGGGGACCCACUAAAGCCAGACCCAUGAUGGCUGCCCUGCCUCUAAGACACACUGUCAGCAACGGCACUGUCCUGCCCAAGAAAAGCUGUGGCACGCUACCGUCCCCCACCGGCUCCAGGAAGGAUGCUGCUGCACCAGCAACCAAAAGCACUGUGAGGAGAACCAACUCCAACGAAACGAUGGGUACACUGACGCGUAAAGACAGCGGCGACUCCAAGAGCAACCGCACCCGCACCGGCUCUACCGGGAGCAACUCCAGCGGCAAGAGAGCCAGCGAAAGCAAACUUAAGGAGCCUGUUUUCAAUGCAGAGGAAGGGUAUGUGAAAAUGUAUUUGAAGGGACGACCCAUCACCAUGUACAUGCCCAAAGACCUUGUGGAGACCUACUGCCUGGAAGCCAAAUCGGACCUGCCAAACAAAAAGCUCAAACUGGACUGGGUUUAUGGGUACAGGGGACGUGACUGUCGCUCUAACCUGUACCUGUUACCCACGGGAGAGACGGUGUACUUCAUUGCAUCAGUUGUGGUGCUGUACAACGUGGACGAGCAGCUCCAGAGACACUACACCGGGCACACUGAUGACAUCAAGUGUCUGGCUGUCCAUCCUGAUAAAAUCACCAUAGCAACGGGACAGGUGGCAGGCACCUCUUCUGAAGGCAAACAGUUGGCUCCUCAUGUGCGGGUCUGGGACUCUGUGAGCCUCAACACCCUCCACAUUCUGGGGACAGGUUUCUUUGACCGCGCCCUGGUUUGUCUUGCCUUCUCCAAGUCGAACGGAGGCAACACUCUGUGUGUAGUAGACGACUCCAACGACCAUGUGCUCUCUGUGUGGGACUGGCAGAGAGAGGAGAGACUGGCUGACGUCAAGUGUUCCAACGAGGCAGUGUUCGCUGCCGACUUCCACCCCACUGACACCAACAUUAUAGUCACGUGUGGGAAGUCACACCUCUACUUCUGGACACUGGAGAGGGGUACCCUUACCAAGAAGCAAGGCUUGUUUGAGAAACAAGAGAAGCCCAAGUUUGUCUUGUGUGUGACUUUUUCAGAAAAUGGAGACACUAUAACUGGAGACUCAAGUGGAAAUAUACUGGUGUGGGGAAAAGGCACUAAUCGAAUUAGCCACGCUAUUCAGGGUGCACACGAGGGGAGCAUCUUUGCACUGUGUAUGUUGAGGAACAGCACACUGGUGUCAGGGGGAAAAGAUCGGAAACUCCUCUCUUGGGAUGGGAGCUACCAGCAGAUCCAAUCGGUUGAGGUUCCUGAGUUAUUUGGCCCCGUCCGCACUGUUGCCGAGGGCAAAAGGGAGAGUGUGCUUAUUGGGACCACCAGGAACUAUGUUCUACAAGGCAGUUUAUAUGGCGAAUUUACCCCCAUCACACAAGGUCACACCGAUGAGCUGUGGGGUUUGGCCGUGCACCCUUGGAAACCCCACUUCCUCACCUGUGGCCACGACAAGCAUGUCAGCCUGUGGGACGCCUCCUCGCACCAGCCUGUCUGGACCAAGACUAUGGAGGACGCAGCUCAGUCUGCUGGAUUCCAUCCCUCUGGAGCAGUGGUUGCUAUAGGAACGCAGACCGGCAGGUGGCUGGUGCUGGAUACGGAAUCUAAGGAUCUAGUCACAGUGCACACAGAUGGGAAUGAACAGCUGUCUGUUAUACGCUUUGCACCGGAUGGCCAUUUCCUGGCGAUCGGCUCUCAUGACAACUACAUCUAUAUCUACGCAGUGGGGGAGAGCGGCAGGAAGUACAGUCGAGUGGGGAAGUGCUCGGGCCACUCCAGCUUCAUCACCCAUCUGGACUGGUCAGUGGACUCUCAGUACCUGGUGUCCAACUCAGGAGACUAUGAGAUACUCUAUUGGAUCCCAUUAGUGUGUAAACAGGUGGUGAGUGUGGAGACCACACGGGACAUCCCCUGGGCCACAUCCAACUGCACUCUGGGCUUCCAAGUCUUUGGGUUAUGGCCUGACGGCUCCGACGGGACUGACAUCAACGCCGUCUCCAGAUCCAAUGACAAAAGGCUGCUCGUCACAGGAGACGACUUCGGAAAAGUCCACCUUUUCUCAUUCCCCUGCUCUCAAUUCCGGGCUCCCAGUCAUGUUUAUGGCGGACACAGCAGUCAUGUGACCAACGUGAAAUUCCUGUUUGACGAUAGUUGCCUGAUUUCCACUGGGGGCAAGGACAUGAGCGUCAUGCAGUGGCGGGUAGUGUGA